AGGCGCAGCUCCUCUCUUCUGGAAUAUAUUCAGAAGUGCCAUGACCUAACCGAGGACUUAAACUAGACUGGAAGUUGUUCAAAUGGGGAAUUCAGGGGUGUGUUGUGGCAAUCUGGAGGAGCAGAAGGGGCUGAUGAAGAUGGGCCUUAGUAUGGUGUUAGUAGGGCAUGUGAACUUCCUGCUGAGUGCUUUGGUCCAUGGUGUGGUGCUGAGACACUUCAGCCUCCAGCGGGGACAGGCCAUGGAAAGCGCCAUCUCGAACAUCAUCGCCCUGGCAACGGGCCUGCUGGGUGUCAUUAUUGGUAUACUGACUAUUGUUCUGUCCAAAAACAGGAAGAAUAGGGGGCUGACCUGGUCACUGUUUGUGUCAAGUGCUGUAGCUGUUCUAGUGGCUGCCGCUUCAGUCAUUGGACUGAUGGUGUGCUUGGUAAAGACCAUCAUUCAUGGCGACAAGAGAUUACUCGCUUACUGCGACUAUAGUGAUGGCAGGAGUCACCUAACCAUCGCCAAUGACUGUCCUUUUGACCCCACACGUAUUUUUAGCACCACGAUAGUCCUGUGGGUCCCACUGAUAGUAAUGAGUGCAGUUGCGAUGGUGUUCUCAUGCCGCUUAUUUAAGGUCUCCAUCUCCUACCUCGGUCUGCCCUGGUGCCUCCGCAAACAACAUUUACAAGAUGAGAGCAGAUUGAUGAAAACCCCGAGAGCGGCCGAGCCCCGCUACUCACUCCAGUCCCGUCGUUGCCAAGGAGACGAGGAGCUGUCCGUUAUUAGACCCCCAGAGCGGCACAGGCCACCGCUCCGCUCCGCGUCCUCCGGUCAGUACCGCCAGCACCCCUCCGCAUCCCCGUUCAACCGCGCGGCGCUGGAAAGGUCCAGUAUCUGGAUCUGAUUAUGAACCGGACUGUGGCUCUGGCAUCAUUCAGGGAUCAAGUACAUUUUAAACCCUUUUGAAGAAAUGUUACAUUGGUGCUUGUACAGGUCGGAUAUGUGUUGUCACUCAUGUAGCCGUCACUUUGUGUUCAUACUCUAAA